UGCGGUUGGGAGGCAGAGCAGGGAGGCAGUGCUGGCAGAGAAGGGGUGCAGAGCCCCCUCAUCCUCUGCAGGGGCUUGGGGCAGGCAAGGAGCCGGGGCAGGACGAGCAGCCGGCCCUGGGGCCGGUUCAUUCUCUUGGGAGACCCAUGGCAGAAUCUGUUUAAAUGCUUUCUGAGACCCCGGACCCCCACGCACAGCUACACCUCGGGCUGCUGCGGGAGCUCGGCGUUCCUCGGGGAGCCCCCCUGACAGUGCACCAGGACACCUGGGAGGGACAGCUGGACGGUGUGUGUCUCAUCCUUAGAAUCCAUCCCCUACUCCAGGAGGCUUUAAACGAGCAUCAUCACACCCUGAACAUCACACCAUGAACGGGUACCUGAACAAAUCCCAUUUCCUGAUGGUGGAGGAAGGCUUCACCACCAGAGACCUCCUGGAGAACCUCCUGGGGGAGCUGUGCCAAGAGAGCGACCACCAGGCCUUCUUCGUGGCAGACCUUGGGGACAUCGUCAAGAAACACCUGCGUUUCCUGAAGGCCUUGCCCCGAGUGAAGCCCUAUUUCCCAGUUAAAUGCAACGGCAGCGAAGGGGUGAUUCGGCUGCUGGCAGAGCUGGGGGCAGGAUUCGCCUGUGCCAACAAGGCAGAGAUCAGCCGGGUUCAAGGCAUUGGGGUCCCAGCUGAGAAGAUCUUCUACAGCAGCCCCUGCAAGCAGGUCGCCCACAUCAGGUACGCGGCCACCCACGGGGUCAGGCUGAUGGCCUUCGACAACGAGGUGGAGCUGAGCAAGGUGGCCAGGAGCCACCCCCGUGCCAGGAUGUUGUUGGGGAUCACUGCUGACUCCAUCCCUUCUGCCCACCCGAGCAUGACCUUCGGGACCACGCUGAAAUCCUGCCGGCACCUGCUGGAGACGGCGAAGGAACAGGCUGUGGAGGUUGUUGGCAUCAGCUUCCACCUUGGGAGCCGUGGCCUGGAGCCCCAGACCUUCACCCAGGCCGUGGCCACAGCACAGCUGGUGUUUGACGUGGCCACAGAGCUGGGAUUCCGAAUGCACCUCCUGGACAUCGGGGGCGGCUUCCCCGGCACCGAGGACACCAGAGCCCCUCUCGAAGAGAUCUCUGCCGUGAUAAACUCCGCCCUGGAUCUGUACUUCCCCGAGGGCUGUGGGGUGGACGUGGUUGCCAGGCCUGGGCGCUACUAUGUCACCUCAGCCUUCACCUUGGCUGUCAGCAUCACUGCCUUGGAGGAGAUUCCCAUGGAGCAGCCUGGCUCUGACGGUAGGUGUGACAGCGGGAUGUGUCCCCCCGUGUCCCCGAGCCCCCCUGAGCCCCGUCCCUGCUCCGCUGCAGAGGAAGAGUGUGGCAGCAGGAAGAGCCUCAUCUAUCACCUCAGCGACGGCAUCUACGGCGCCUUCAGCUGCCUCCUGUUCGACAGCCCCUGCCCCAGGCCUCGGCUGCACAAGAGACCCUGCCCAGAGCACCCCUGGCACAGCAGCAGCCUGCGGGGCCCCCCGGGGCACGGCGAGGAUCGCAUCGCUGACGGGCUGCAGCUGCCCCAGCUGCACGUGGGGGACUGGCUGGUUUUUGGGAACAUGGGAGCCUACACCAUCACAACAUCGUCCCUGCUCACCGGGUGUCCCCAGCCGCAGGUCACCUACGCCAUGUCCCGCAUGGCCUGGAAAGCCGUCCAGCUCUUCCAGGAAAAGCCACCCCAGACAGAAGACGACCGUGAGAGCCUCUGCACCCCUCUGUCCUGCGGCUGGGAGAUGGCAGAGACACUUUGUGUCACCCCUGCCUUCGCUCCUGCCGGCAUCAUCUGAGCUCUGCUGGGGAAGGAGCCACGCUGGGAAAGGUCCUGUGGUGGUACUGGCAGGGGAAAUGUCCCAUAAUUGUAUCAGGGUGGGAAAAAUCCCUCGGCAGCGCCGGGGGAAAAGGUGCCACAGUGGUACUGGAGGGAUAAAGAUCCUCCAGCAAUGCCAUGGUGGGAAAUAUCCCAUGGCAGUACCAGAAGGGAGAGGUCCUGUGGUGGUGCCAGAGGGGGAAAGGAUCCCAUGGCAGUGCCAGGGAGGGAGAAGGUGCCAUCCCGCCUCUGGCAUCGCCCCUCUCCGCUCUCACGGACUUGGAAGUGAAUCCUGCUCCAUAAAUCCUGCUCCUCCA